AUGGAAGUGGGAAAAAAAAAUGAGAAGAAAAGUUCCUUAUUUUCAUUCCAUACCAAAAAAAUUAUAUUAGUUUGUGGAAUAAUAUAUGUAUCCUUAUGGAAUGUUAACAUAUGCGGAGACCAAUACCAAAAGGCUGCAGAUUUUAAUUUUAGAGAAAGCAGAGUUUUAGCUGAAAGCAAAAAAGCUAGUACAAAAAAAGCGAAGACUACAUUAAGAAAAACUAAGCAGACAACUUUAACUAGCUCCGAUCCAGAAGGACAAGUAUUAAAAGCAUUUGCUGCUGAUCCAGAAUAUGUUAAAAACUUAGAAUUCUUUCACCACGUAUUAAGUAACACCGAUCCAAAUGAUAAUGUAGAAGGUAGUUUCGAUCCAGAAGGUCAAGUAGUUAAAGCAUUUGCUGCUGAUCCAGAAUAUGUUAAAAACUUAGAAUUCUUUCACCACGUAUUAAGUAAUACCGACCCAAAUGAUAAUGUAGAAGGUAGUUUCGAUCCAGAAGGUCAAGUAGUUAAAGCAUUUGCUGCUGAUCCAGAAUAUCGUAAACACUUACAAUUCUUUCACCACGUAUUAAGUAACACCGAUCCAAAUGAUGAUGUAGAAGGUAGCGUUGAUCCAGAAGGACAAGUAUUGAAAGCAUUUGCUGCUGAUCCUGAAUAUCGCAAACACUUAAAUUGGCUUCAUCAAGUAUUAAGUAACACCGACCCAAAUGAUAAUGUAGAAGGUAGCUUUGAUCCAGAAGGACAAGUAGUUAAUGCAUUUGCUGCUGAUCCAGAAUAUCGCAAACAUUUACAAUUCUUUCACCACGUAUUAACUCACAAUGAAUAA